GCAAUACACAAGAGACGGUAAAACACAUUCUGUUAGACUGCAAAAGAUAUGAGAAGGAAAGAACUGAGCUAGAUGCAAAUUGGAAAGCAUCUCUAGAGACAUUAGAGAACUUGCUGGGAAAAACAUCUGGUAAAAUGCAUCGUCCCCUAAUAAACUAUCUCAAAAAUACUGGGAUAAGCGAGAGACUUUAGUGAUUUAGUAUGAAUAUGUAGUAUAUAGUUAUUUAUUUAUUUUUCAAAAUGUUUAUUUAUGUAUUAUUGUUAUUGAUUUUAAUAUGUUUUUUUUUAUUAUUAUUAUUAUUUUUCCUGCCAAGCUGCUGCCCACACUCCAGUCCAGUAGGUGGCGGUAAUGCACUUUAAGUUGGUCUGCCAACCACCAUCAAAACAAAAGGAAGAAGAAGAACCAGCGCGGUGGGGGUUUUCUCCAGGCCGCUAGGUGGCGGUAGAGAGACUCUUCCCUUCUGUUCUCCAAUGAAAAUGGCGGCGUCCAUGCGGACACUUUCCACUGUAGGACUCCUGUCAAAGGCAACACAAGAACUCUCGCUGAAGGCUGGUGUCCGGCGGUGUGUCUGCAGAUCUCACUGUCCUCCAGCGUCAUUACGCAGCCGUAUUAAUGUGACUCCUGUGGCCUUUGUGAGCACCGCAAAUGUUUCUACGUCACACGCUUCUCCUAUCACGGUUACGGACGAGCCGGACACGCUGUUUCAGAAGAUGACCGUGCUGGUUAAAGGUCACGAUAAGGCAGUUCUGGACAGUUAUGAGUUUUUCGCGACGUUGGCUGCCAAGGAGCUCGGCUUAACCCUGAGUAAAGUGUUUGAACCACCGAGGAACAUCGAGAGGCUCACACUUCUGAAGUCAGUGCACAUCUUUAAGAAGCACAGGGUCCAGUAUGAAAUGAGGACACACUACAGAUCCAUCGAGAUUGCCAGGAUAACAGGAUCCACUGCACAUGCAUAUCUGGAGUACAUCCAGCGCAACCUGCCUGAGGGAGUAGCCAUGGAGGUCACUAAGACUGCUAUAGAGAAAGUUCCGGAGCAUAUCCAGACACCCAUGUGGGACAAGGAGAGCCAACAGGAAGCCAGCUGAUGAGGACCUUUUUAUUCCAAGCCUUUUGUAUUCAGUAGUCAUUGCAGCUUAUUGGGGAUUUGAAUGAAAGGAGGAAGAAAGAAGGACUCUUGCCUCACGUUAUACAAGGGAAUUAUCUCACAGAUGUGUAUAGUGCUGUGUAUUUAUAAGUGUAAGCUUGUGGCUUCACAUAAUAUAUAAAAAAAAAAAUAAAGGUAUUACAGGUG